UAGCUACAGUAUCAGUACCGUUAGUUGGCGGACGGCGUGCGUGAGUAGGAAAUUCCCUGUGACGCAUUAAGCCUUCGUCCUUUCCGUCGCGCUACUGUGAGUGGAACAUGUCGUAUACGUCCGAAAGAAGAAACGAGGAUCAAUGGUCGGGCGACUCUAAAAAUGGUCCGAGCGAAAGCGAGCAGCCCGCCUAUGAUGGCCCUCCGGGAAUGGAUCCCGAUGGCAUUAUUGAGUCAAACUGGGAAGUCGUUGUUGAUAACUUUGAUGACAUGAAUUUGAAAGAAGAGCUAUUGCGUGGAAUAUAUGCUUAUGGAUUCGAAAAACCAUCUGCUAUCCAACAGCGUGCUAUCCUUCCUUGUGUGAAAGGUCAUGAUGUCAUUGCCCAAGCCCAGUCUGGAACUGGGAAAACGGCAACCUUUUCUAUAUCUAUUUUACAGCAAAUAGAUACCAGUAUUCGUGAAUGCCAAGCUUUGAUUUUGGCACCAACUCGAGAGCUUGCUCAACAGAUUCAGAAGGUAGUUAUUGCCCUGGGCGAUUUUAUGCAAGCGCAAUGCCAUGCCUGUAUUGGAGGAACGAAUGUACGUGAUGAUAUGCGUAAAUUGGAGCAGGGCAUUCACGUUGUUGUUGGCACUCCAGGUCGCGUCUACGACAUGAUCAGUCGACAUUCAUUGCGCGCAAACAGCAUUAAGUUGUUCGUAUUGGAUGAAGCCGACGAGAUGCUUUCCCGUGGGUUUAAAGAUCAAAUUCACGAUGUAUUCAAGCUACUCCCUACCGAAGUUCAGGUGAUACUGCUUUCGGCAACAAUGCCUGCGGAUGUGCUUGAUGUGUCAAAGUGUUUCAUGAGAAACCCAAUUCGUAUAUUGGUGAAAAAGGAAGAAUUAACACUGGAGGGUAUUAAACAAUUCUUCAUUUAUGUAGAGCGUGAAGAUUGGAAAUUGGAAACACUCUGCGAUUUGUACGAUACGUUAAGUAUUACACAGGCCGUUAUUUUCUGCAACACGCGGCGCAAGGUAGACUGGCUUACAGACAAUAUGCAUCACCGUGAUUUCACGGUAUCUGCCAUGCAUGGCGAUAUGGAACAGAAAGAGCGUGACGUCAUCAUGAGACAAUUCCGUACUGGAUCUUCCAGAGUUCUCAUUACCACUGAUUUGUUAGCUCGUGGUAUUGACGUCCAGCAAGUUUCUCUUGUCAUUAACUACGAUCUACCUUCCAACAGAGAAAACUAUAUUCACAGAAUUGGACGCGGUGGACGAUUUGGCCGUAAGGGAGUAGCUAUAAACUUUGUCACAGAGGAUGACAAGCGUACUCUAAAGGAUAUCGAGCAAUUCUAUAACACCCAUAUCGACGAGAUGCCAAUGAACGUUGCAGAUUUGAUCUAAAAAGAACAAAAUCCGACUAAUUAUUGGCUAUAAUCAAUAAUAAUUCAUUAUAAUACAAAUAAAAAGUGGCAAAAUAAGAGCUCUCAACCUUGAUCUCUCUGAUGGUGUGAGUAUUCAGAAGCGAGUGCUUGUCUACCUGUUCAUUACGGGAUUUCGAGCGACUUUACAUAUACAUAAUAUUGAUAUUUAUACAUUGUACGGUUUGCCGGCAUUGAAAAAAUAAUCAAUUGCAAGUAAUAAUAAUAAUAAUAUUGAUUUAAAAAAAGAAAGAAAGAAAGUGAAUUAAAAGGAGAAGAGGGAUUCUGUACGCGCGCGCGCAUCCGACAUCCCGGCAUCUCGCGAUUUUUACUUUAGGGCCUGAGAUAAAGUCCAAUAAAUAAUAUUCAACGUUUGUUAUUUGUAAUAAUUGUAGAAUCGUUCUUCUAUAUCUAGAAUAGCUCUGCCAAUAACUUGUGUUCUUUAACCUAUUAUUGGUGAGUGAAUAAUAAUAUAUAAAAUAAUUGUUGUUUGAUUUUUUUUUUUCUUUUGUUUUUAUUUUCUCUUACAUUCUGAUUCUAUUAUAUGCGUUUAAAAAAAAAAAAAAAAAAACUUUCAACCUGCGCGCGUGAUCUGCUUAACAGUGAAUUGUUCUUCACUUAAUUUUUAUCAUUGUUAUAAAUUUAUUUCGAAUAGUAUCGUGAAAGGUUACCUAAUUCUACACUUGUAAACUUUAAGGAUAUUGAAUAUUAGGUGUUCACAGUAAUCGCUAAAUUAAUCGUUCUCGCAGUUAUCAACGCUGAAGUAAAAUUUUAGAGCAUUCAAUUUUACGUAGGCCAAAAAUAUUUUGUUCGCUGUUGUCGUUGGUCCUGCUCUUGUCACAAAGUGUUUUCACUGUAUUUGUUGGAGUGAGAUAUUUGACGAAAUGUUCCCUACCUCCGAAAACCGAUUUUUUUCCAAUGCUACCCCCAUAAAUCGAUUCCUUCUAAUUUUUCCGCUCUUCGUCUCUUCUGUCAAGCGAUUCACUCGCUGCAAUUGGGACGGCAGUUUAUAUUACUGUAAAAUGAUAUCUUCCUAUCACUACGUCAUUUCAAUGAACCUGCUACCGCGACUCCGACUUGUUUGUCUGGGCAGAGGUUUAGUUGGGUAUUGGAAAGGCUAUUUUAAUCACAAACGCUGCAGAAGGAGAACUUUUUUUUUGAGAAUGCUUAGAAUCGUAUAUGAAUUUUUUGUAUAAUUCUAUCUAUAUUAGCAAUACGAUAUUUCAAAUAAAGUACAAUAAAUACUUUAAUCUGAAUCUUUAUUACGUUUACGGCAAUUUUCUCAUUUCUUAUUUUGUGUCGUGGCUGUUCCAAUAAUACCAUGAUGAAACCCUGAAUGGACAAACUGAAACUGCUGGGAAUUUUUAUUAUAUUACUCUAUGAUUUGUUACAUAUUACUAUAAAACGCAAGAAGACGAAAACAAAUUUCACAAAUAUUAUUAACUGUAUUUCCAGGCGGUUUUGGACAGUCCACCAGCGGAGAGAUAUUUUUGGAAAUAAAGACCAAAUUUCCAAAUCAA